AUUUGUAUGCAGGUAGAUAAUUUUGUUUAUGUUGUUGAGUUUCACGUGGAUGAAGGACAUAUUGUGUAGGGUAUUUGCUACUGGAUGCCAGUGAGAGUUGAGUAAACACAAACUACAUUGUCCAGUGAUAAUAGUGGUAUUCAUAAUAAUAAUAAUUAUUAUUAUAAUUAUAAAUAAACAUAUAUAUAUAUAUAUAUUUUCAGCACGGACAAGAUAUUCCGCUAUAAAUAACCUCAGGUCUUGAGUUCUCUGCUUGGAAGUAUUGUGAGACAAUAUAAAACCUUGAACAAAAAUACAAUGAAGUUCUCCGUAGUGUUGAUCUGUAUACUUCAGUUGAUAGUAGUCAGAUCACAAGAGGAUGUAGUCGCACCGGAGGUAAAAGUGGAUGAAACCACUUCAGAGACUACAACUAUGGAGGAGACGACUCCUGAAACUACAACUAUGGAGGAGACUACUCCAGAGUCUACAACUAUGGAGGAGACCACUCCAGAAACUACAACUAUGGAGGAGACCACUCCAGAAACUACAACUAUGGAGGAGACCACUCCAGAAACUACAACUAUGGAGGAGCCCACUCCAGAAACUACAACUAUGGAGGAGACCACUCCUGAAACUACAACUACAGAGGAGCCCACUCCAGAGACUACAAAUAUGGAGGAGACCACUCCUGAAACUACAACUACAGAGGAGCCCACUCCAGAGACUACAAAUAUGGAUGAAACCACUCCAGAGACAACAACUAUGGGUGAGACAACUCCUAAGACUACCAGAAUGAGUGGAACCACUUCUGAAGGUGCAACUAAGACUACAAAGAAAGCUUCUACGAUGGCUACUUCUACUACAACGCAAAAACCUGAUGACUCAAAAGAUAAAGGCGGUAUAGGAAUAGGAAUAAUUGUGGCCAUUGUAUUCGGCUGUCUCGCAGGAGUUGCAGUUAUCGGUGGAAUAAUCUUCUUCCUUCUGAAAUAACUAUUGUCCAGAUAAUUAAUAUGCGAUAUUUCGAAUUUUGUGCCAUAAUAAUGGUUGAUCACUUAUGUAUUUUAUUUUGUAAUAUUUUGAUUGACACUUGAUUAGCUUUCAAUAAAGCAGAUUUCUGUUUCUUGUAACAACUAACCUUGUUAUUUCAGUGUACACAUUAUUAGUUUUAACUCUGUAGAAUCGUUAUUAGUAAAUGUAAUACAAACGUAUCACAUUUUUUUCUUAACAUAA